UGGAACAUAUUCUAAAAUAUCCCGAUAAAAGCAAGCAUUGUGGAAAGAGAGCAUAAGAAGAUGAAAUUUACUUCUUUACUACAGAGGAUGAAAUCAUGUCCAAUUCAUCUAAUGUAACAAGCCUCUGUGAUUCAGGGGACAGGAUAUGUGUGGUACGAGAGUACGAAAAAGAAAUCAUUGUGGUUCCAGUACUACUGCUAGUGGCUUUCCUGAGUACCCUGCUUGCUCUGUGUCUAUUGAGACUGAGGUCUAAGAAAGAUUUUCAGACUGUAACAACACAGAAACAUCAAACACACAACCACCAUGCACCCAGACAUCACCAUCGCAACAGACAGCACCUGCAAGGCAUUGAAGCCCCUCCAGAGCUCAACCCAUUGGAGUCUGAGGCUGUACCUAUAACAGCUCAAACACAGAAUGACAGGCCCUGGCCACAGAUGUCUACUGAGAUGUCUACUGAGAUACAACAUGGCUCCUUUCAGCAAAUCACCCCACUGACCCUCUCCUUCACAGUGCACCCCAAUAAGAGUGUAACUCUCUACCAUGCCAUUAAGGACCAGAGGGCAGUCAUCUUACGAGUGCUCAAAGCUACAGCCAAUACCAAAGAGCACCAGGCCUUCUUGGGCUUUGCCCACUUCUUGUCUGACCUGGGGCCCCACCCAUGCUUGCCCCUUCUGCUUGGGCCUGUAACAGUGGGGCCACCAUUGAUUAUGGUGAUGGAGGAACUAGUCAACAGAGACCUGCUAGGGUUCUUAUGGAGAUACAGACAGGAACAUGCACACAGGACAGCUACAUGCAACAUAACAGAGAAACAAAUUUUCAUUAUGGGAGGACAUAUCGCCUCAGCUUUGUUUUACAACAUACUUAUCUGGAAACAGGAGUUUCUGCACAGCAAGAACUGUACCCAUGGAAAUGUUCGGGCACGGAGUGUCCUAGUUGGUCAAGACCUGUCUGUGAAGCUAUGGGGAUUCGGCCCAGCAUUCCACAGGAGGAUGGAGGCAGGUUCUUCAGCAGAAAUCGAAGUAAUGGAGAUGAGGAAGUGGCAAGCUCCAGAGGUGUUAGCUCAUCGCCCUGUUAGUCACAGCAGUGAUAUAUGGUCAUUUGGCAUCUUGCUAUACGAAAUGGUGACAUUUGGUGAACCACCCUUCCCCAAAAUCAUGGCUUGUGAACUCCUGCAACACUUACAGAGGGGAAAAUCCCUACAGAGACCAGCAAACUGCUCAAUCUCACUAUACUCCAACAUGAAGGCCUGUUGUCAGUGGAGACCACAGGACCGACCUACUCUGACUGAUCUGAUUUCAAAACUCAAGCAAGGGGGGAGGAGAGCCAAUGACAGGGUAAUGCUACGAGUGCCUGAGCCAAUAGACAUGGAAAAGUACAUGCGGGAAGCGGGCUAUGGAGAGCGUUACAACUAUGCUUUUCUCUAAUAUAUAUAUAUAUAU